ACCGAGCCACGAAACCCUGAGGCAAAAUACAGCCAUUGGUUCCACUACUAGUCCGGCGGUCAUCUGCGACAGGGCUAUAUAACAGCACGUCAGGGCCGAAUUGUACUGUUAAAGGUGUGGCGAGUAUAGUUUCUGAUGCCGGAGUGACCUCGUUUUUUUUUUGAACUCCAAUGGAGGAACCAGCAAGUUUUGCGGCUUCCUUUACGCUUCUUUCGCAUUAUCCAGGAGGAGAUUCUCCGGGUUAUCAGGUACCAAGUCCAUUGAGUGAACCAUGUCCGAGUAGUCCUAUAAGUUGUUACUUUACUCCCGUUAAUUCCAAGGAUGUAGUGGAUCUAGAUAGGCAGGAGAAUCAAAGGUGCGUAACUCGGAGCCUUUCUGACAGCGAGACUACUCAUACAGGUAAACAAGUCAGGAACAGACCUUCGGCAAUAAUAGCGAAGAAACGCAGACUCGCAGCUAAUGCAAGAGAAAGAAGAAGGAUGCUCAGUCUAAAUGUUGCUUUCGAUCGUUUAAGGGAAGUUGUACCGUCGCUCACUAACGACAGGAAGCUGUCUAAAUACGAAACCCUACAGAUGGCCCAGAGUUAUAUAACUGCUCUUAGUGAAUUAUUGGACAGAGAUUAGUUCAUAACAGCAUUGAUUAUGUUCCUUUUAUCGAUACGUCAUUAUCAUUAAUUAAAAAAAGGUCAGUAAUACCUUAAACAUAGUUAGAUAGACCUUGUAAAUUUAAACUUGGUGGAUCUGCGCACAAAUUGGAAUG